UAUGGUGGAAUAUUGUAACUGACACUCGAAAAAAAGUUGAAAUUUUCUAUAAUCUGUAUUCAAAUUAUAAUCUCGGAUCUGUUUGAUGACUAGACAGCCCUGGUUUGCGCAUGUGUAAAAUAUGAGGGAUUUAAUUUCAUUUGGUGCGGUUGGUUCUCGAGCGUUGCGUUGUGUUAUUGUGGAAUUAACGUAAAAUGAUGAUUUGACAUCUGACAGUUGGUAGGGCAGUCAGCAUCAUUGAAGAGAAAGGUGAUGCUAUUUGGAAUAAUCUGAGCUGUUGUUUUGUUAUACGCUAGUAACUUUGACUUAUUAUUUAACUUGCGAUGAGGAAGAAAUUAAUUUAGAUUUAACAAAAAUAUAUUUAUUUUGUGGUCGGACUGAGAUGGUAAUUUAUGUCGAUUGGCAUAAUUAAUAAUAUAAACAAGGUAAACGAACUGAAGUGCAUGUUGAAUCUGCAUUCCCUUAGUGAUCCCCGUCGCGUGGACUUCGGUUCGAAAACGUUUCCCCCGAGAUCUUCGAUGCACGGGAUGGACAUAGCGCUGGCAAAAAUGGAGCACAUGCACUCCCAGGCAGCGGCGGCGGCACAGGCCGCCAUGAUGAGCGUUCAGGGACGCGGCUCCCCGACACUCAGCCACAGCAGCCCGGAGCCGAUGACGCCGCCAGCGAUCGUGUCCCGCGCACACAGCCUCGCUUCGAUGCACGGGGCAAUGCUGAGCCACGGGCAUGACAUUUUGAGCAAGCUUCACAAGGUCUCAUACAGCUCCCCGCCGCCCAUUGCAUGCAGUCCCGAAAACAACGUGUGCAAGUUGAUAAAUUACCGCGGUGCCAAGAUCGCUGCGUUCAACGUGGACGGCCGGGAGCUAAUCUGUCUCCCCCAGGCGUUCGAGCUUUUCCUCAAGCAUCUGGUCGGCGGCCUGCACACCGUCUACACGAAGCUGAAGCGUCUGGACAUCACGCCCGUCGUGUGUAACGUGGAGCAGGUCCGGGUGCUACGGGGGCUGGGAGCCAUUCAGCCCGGGGUCAACAGGUGCAAACUGAUCUCCUGCAAGGAGUUUGACAUCCUAUACGACGAUUGCACAAAUUCCAGUGCCCGGCCCGGUCGGCCCCCUAAAAGAAGUCCCUCCCUGCACGCCAGCCCCGAGACGCUGGACAAGCUGAAGAAAUCCCGCUUCGAUGGAAGCGAUUAUUACAGUGCAUCCAGAUUCUUUGAUUCCACGAAGAGUUUCCUGAACGGUUUUCCCCCUCAUCCAUACACGAUGGGUCACCUCCCUUUCAUGCAGCUGAACCACCCACUCCUUGCGCCGCCAGUCACCCUUGCGAUGGCCCAGCAGCUCGGGCUCAGGCACGAGGGGCUCCAUGCACGUGACAGCCACGUGGACCACGACAGGGUCAACGAUAGCGAUGAUAUGAAGAAUCGCCACUCUCCGAAGCCCGCAGAGAUGUCUUACCACCCUGCCUAUCACCACAAACCCCCAAGGGACCAUGACAAUGAAAACGGUCCGUUAAAUCUUCAUGUCAACGGAAACGCCGAGGACUUACGGAAAUCCCCGAACUCUCGAUCAAACGAAGCGUUGUCGGACGAUAACAACGACAUAGACGAGGACAAUCCGUCGGAUGCCGACGACAAGAGCGUCGCCGACAGCGCGGACCUUAUGGAAACACUGUCUCACGACGAGCUAGGGGAGGUAACCGAGAAUAGUCAACAGAUUGGUGCCAACAUGAAUAACGGCGCCCUGCCAGCCUACUCCUCCAUUGAGACCCUGCUGAUGAACAUUCAGGGGCUACUAAAGGUUGCGGUUGAAAACGCCAGGCACCAAGAGAGGCAAAUAGCGGAUCUGAAGUCUGAACUCGCGCGGGAGAAGAACAACAGAGAUGAUCUCGAGAAACAAGUUGGGGAGGAAAAAAGGCAGAAACACUUGUUGCUCCGCAAAUUAAAGAAGGAGCGUCGGGUGCGACGCGUGCAUGACAACAGAGCGCCGGAAGUGGCUGUUGGGAACCACCGUCUUUCACCGGAACACGUUAGCAGUCUGAUUAAUAUCGACAAACCGCCGAAGUUGAUACCCAAUAGCAUUGAGGUCGAAGAUCAAGACAGAAAACAGUCGCGUAAUAGCCCCCACGAGUCAGAACGAAUAACUCCAAGAUCGGACUUUCAGGCCGUUUGAACAUAGGCCGAUUCGACCUAGUGGUUUACUAGAAAACAUCAAAUGUGCUCGUAGACUAGCUUCAAACACCAAGAAUAUUUCCCUCCGACAACGUAUCUAGUGAUUGGACACAGAUAUAGCCUCGUUUUGAUUAUUAGCAUUUCAGAAUGCACAGGGAGCUGUUGGAAUGAUGGACAUUCGGUAGAUGCGUAUUGAGUUGAUACAUGGACAUAAAACAUAUGGCGUUUUGAAGUUCUAUAUUUUUGAUACGCCGGUCAUUCAAUAUAUCGCUGCAUGCUCGGCACGCGAUUGAUAAGUAGAACUUUGAUUAUUUAUCAAACUAAGUCAGGUUGACAAUGGUGAAAAGGUUGAAUAUACGAUACGAGGUUGUUUAUAAAUAAAAUAUAUUACUGUACAUGUGAACAACUGUAAAUUGUACGAAUGCGACGCCUUGCGACGCUCGUCACAAUUUUGUUCAUGUUGUGUCUUCAAUCAAUAUAAUUUAAUUACUCUGAAAAUGGUAAAUAACAAUACAUUUUAUUUUAAUGAACAUAGUAAAAAGCGUUACUUAUAUUUGAAGAGACAAUCACGACGUUGAUGUCGAUAUGAACUUUUGCAUACAUGUACAAAAUAAGUAUUUAUAACUGAGCACACAUGAAUAGUGUUAACAUGAGAAGAUACAGUUGGAAUUUGCCUAUCAAUCAACAACAUUGAGAUCGAAUUAAUUACCGGUAGUCACAGCAUUAUGCUUAAUAAUCAUGUUGAGUUGACAAGCUAAACUGUAUGAAAAGGAUAUGUAUGAAUACUUUUCUGGCAAAGCCUAGAUUGAACAAUGAGGUAAAACAUGAUCACAUACGACAGUGCCACAUUUUGUAGGGAUGCAUUUACAAGAUUGUCUAAAUAAACUGGGAUAGUUUGGAGAACAGAUAUUCACUCUUGUAUCCCCAAAAUAGAAUAUAAUAGACACUGGUCUCGUAUAAGAUUCAUUUAUUUAUUUGUUCACAAUGUAUCUUGAUUUGCCCACCAUUUUACGGUAUUAAUAUUUUCCGAUAUGUAUUGUGUUGUAAUAUAUAUAAUUACUUAUUAUUAAAUGGAUGUACUUUC